CUUGCCAAUAUUUCGGACCAAGGCGUACGUAUGCUAUUUGCCUAACUGGUCGAGAAUACGACUCGCCUUCUUCUACCUCUCUGUCUCCCAUUGCCGCUCUUUUACUUUUUCUAACAGGCAGCUGCUCCACCGGUCGGGUUCGUACCUCUCUUCCGGUCAAGCAUCAGAAUUCCGGAUUUUACGGGCCAGUUUUGCCGACAGUGUUGGGUGCUCGGACUCGUCACUCCAAACAUUUUGGAUCAGCCGCAAUCCAGCCUAUGCACUCCACAUCGGUCAUUGCUUUGCUCAAUCCUGCUCUUACUCUUGGGCCUCUUCUGUCCAACUGUCAAUUCGCACCUUCUGCUCCAUCUCUUGCUACUACUGCUCUAGCUACUACUACUACUACUACUACUACUAGUAGUAGUAGUAGUGCUAAUGCGGUGGUUAAUAGAUUGGCCAUCUGUUCCAGUAGUACUCAAGCAUCUGACUCGCCUAUUCCCCAUGUUAGGCCACACCGGCCCGGAUCAGAUCCUCCAGAGGUAGCCUUAUCCACGAUGGGAUCUUCUUCAGAACAGACAGUCUGCUACCUGCCCGCAUUGCAGACCUGUGGCUCUGAGAUAGACGAUGGUCCACAUUGCCGACGCUGCAGGAAUCAUGGCCGGCACAACCCUUGGAAGGGGCACAAGAAGACAUGUCCCUUCAGUGACUGCAACUGUCCACAGUGCAUUCUCAUCUCGAUGCGCAAAUCAAAUGAAAAAUGCUUGCGUAAGCAUUUUCUGUAUAUUGAACCCCUAGAAUUCAUUUGCUUGCUGGACUUUUAUCCACAAGUUGACCUCGUGGAGCUCUCGAAAGUAUACCUUGUUCUUGAGUACAUAGAGGGGGAACAAACUUCAAGUGUGGAUUCUGGGAAAACGUGGCACAUGGUUUUUAAAAGACCGUCCCGA